AUGUCAAACUCAAGAACUAACAACGCCACGGAGGCCACCGUUGAUAAACAGAAGAUUUUUGCCUCGGGAACCUUUAAAAAUGUUUGGAUGGCCACUUAUACCCAGGGAGCAAGAAGUGGAGAACGCUACGUGGUGAAGGAAUUCAAAACGGGUUCGGUCUUCGAAGCCCAUUACUUCGAGGAAGAAAUGAACAUAAUACGCCGUACACAAAAGAUUAUUGACGACUUCGAUAGCGCUAACGUCAUCGAAGCUGGACGACAUAUUCGAUUGAACACUCCUGAGAUUUGGACGUAUGAGAAGUCUGGCCACAAAGCUCUGGUCGAACCAAUGAUAGAAGGGUUUGAGAAGUUCAACAGCAAUUCUGGAUGGGCCGCAAAUAUAGGAGGGGAGUGGGGUGAGGCUAUGCAGGCACUAAGUCACUUCUCAUACCACAAUUCUAAUCGCCAUUUUCUCUUGUGCGAUCUCCAAGGUGGCGUCUACCGAAACGGAUAUGUUCUUUCAGACCCAGUCAUCAUGUCUCAGGCUCAAGACUGCGGUCCUGCAGACCUAGGACAACCUGGAAUCAACUCGUUCUUCCAAAGACAUCGAUGUGGACGUUUUUGUAACAGGCAGUGGGUGAAACCAGGAGUGAUUGGCAGAGCUGUGAUUCCCAUGCGUCAAGGAACAAGCAUGAUCGCUCAUUUGCCAACGCGCCAAAGCCACAACCCUCUCUCUAGACUUCGGGAAUAA